AUGCCACUUGACGACAAGCCCAAAGUUCUAAUCGUCGGAGCAGGUCUGGGAGGCUUGAUGCUCGGCGCCCUUCUCGAAAAGUCCAAUGUGCCUUACCAGAUCUUCGAGCGUGCUGCCACCGUUAAACCAUUAGGGUCAGCGCUGGCGGUUGGACCCACCCUUCUCCCUAUUUUCGAGCAACUGGGCAUCUAUGAGGAGUUACUUGCCAUUGGCAAGUAUACUACCCAUAUCAUGGGUUACCAGGAGCAACCCCUGAGACCGAUGCGUCCACUUGACUUUAGGCCCGUUGAGGAAUUCACUGGAUACGGACAGUACAUUGUCUCACGUCCCAAACUGUACGAGCUGGUUUUGAAGCAGGUCCCUCCUCACAAGAUCCAUUUCGGCCACCGCGUUCUGAACAUCACUGAGGUGGACGACAAGGUCACGGUCCAUCUUUCCAACAAUAACACCUUUGAGGGCGACAUCGUCGUCGGUGCCGACGGAGCCUACAGCGCAGUUCGUCAGCGCAUGUACGAACAACUGAUGGCGAAAGGGACGCUGCCCAAGCCAGAUCAAGAGGAUCUCCCUUUUAGUUGUACUUGUCUGGUUGGUCAGACCAAGGUCCUCAAUCCUGAGGAGUUCCCGAUGGCAGCAAUGGAGCAACGCUUCAGGAACAGCGAGAACUCGGAGUGGGGAGAUUUCCCCGCUCAGACAAUGUGUGAUGAGACCCGCGACUUCCCUAUCCCUCUCGAGGAUGGCAAGGACCGCACUCUUGGCGAACUUUAUGACCAAACGCCCAAAGAGCUCAUCUCCAUGGUGAUGUUGGAAGAGAAGGUUUUUAAUACGUGGUACCACCGUCGUUUUGUCCUGUUGGGUGACGGCGCGGUGACAGCGAUGCACGAUGCGAUCGCCCUCGCCAACUUGAUCUACUGCAUGCCCACCAAGACAUCGGAGGACAUCACAACUAUCUUUGAAGAAUACCACAAGGAGCGCUUGCCAGCCGUCAUGGAAUCCUACAACAACAGCCGGCAGCUGGCAAAACGCUCAGAAAAGGGCAUCAUUGGCAGGAUUAUCCUCUAUAUCACCACAUACAUGCCUGUCUGGCUGUGGAGAAUUGCGGUAUAG